AUGACCGGAUACUGGUUCAUUAAAAAACACGAAACAAAAACUUAUUUGAUUCAUUCAUUCUUGUGUGUUUGUUUUUUUUUAAAUAAUAUUAGUAUUUUUACUCUUUCAUUUAAAUUAUUCUUCGUAUUUCCUUCUUUUCUUCUUGUUUAUUUCUUUGUCUUUCUCUUCUUUUAUCUUUCACUUAUUGCUUGCUUUGUUGCUUUAUUUAUUUUUAUUAAUUUCUUAUCCACUUGUUUUUUUUCUUCUUCUUUUACAAAAUACUAUCUUUUUUAUGUACGUUAUUUAUUCUUUCUUUCUUUCUUUCUUUCUUUCUUUCUUUCUUUCUUUCUUUUGUUUCAAAAGACACAUUACUAUUUCAUGCUUUCCUCAAUUUGCCUGUUUCUCUUUCUUUCUUCCUUUCUUUCUUUCUUUCUUUCUUUCUUUCUUUCUUUUGUUUCAAAAGACACAUUACUAUUUCAUACUUUCUUCAAUUUGCCCGUUUCUCUUUCUUUCUUUCUUUAUUUAUUUAUUUCUUUAUUUCUUUCUUUCUUAUGCACUUUUUCUGAUAUUUUAAACAUUUUUUCAUCCUUUCUUUCAUCUUUUUUCACCCUUUUAAUAUAUACUUUCUUUUACUUUUUCUCAUAUUUUCUUUUUCUCUUUCUUUCUUUCUUUCUUUUCUCAUAUUUUAUAUAUUUUUUCUUUUUUUUCACUCUUUUGCAAUGUUCUUUCUUUCUUAAUUCCUUCUUUCUUUCUUAUAUAUUUUCUCUAAUAUUUUAUACAUUUUUUCAUCCCUUCUUUCAUCUUUUUUCACCCUUUUGA